AUGCUUAGAUAACAAUUUUUCAAUAUUAAUUAGUUUGAUUUGUGUUUUCGAGCUGAAGUAUUGAUAUUUCAUCUUGCGUGUUUUAUUAUUUUUAUUUUAAUGGGCGUGCGUCAAGCGUAUGUAGUUUCGUUUCCACAGGACAUAUUUUUUAAAUAGCUGACUGAUUCUGCCGGGUUAUGUUGUAAUUUUAUAGUGUUGAUAAAUAAUUAUUAUCUAAUCUAAUUGUGACGUAUAUUUGGAGAUCUUUUUCAUAUAAGUGAAUUCAAAACCUUUUAUUUUGAAAUAUUUCUUGUCAUUUCUCGGAACUACUUUUCUAGUCUUAAAAUUUGAAAUGUUCUUAAAUCAUGAAUCUGUGAACUUGGAAAAACAUCAGACUCCCAAUUUAUUUUUUAUCAAUUCCUAUUUGCUAAACAAAAUUUUGGAAUAAAUUGAGAUAUUUUGAAUCUUUUAUUCUGUACUAUUUUGAUAAUAUAUUUUAAACAACCAUGGCAGCUAAACAUCCUGAGUAUGUAUACACCUGCGAUAUUUGCGGUGAAGAAGGAUUUUCUGAGGUAGAGAUGCGAUCACAUACCAUGGUAGCACACAUUGAAGGUGCAAUUUCAUGUCCUUUCUGUGAUCUGGGAGAUAUAUCUGCAGAGGAAAUGGUUUUUCAUGUUAAUUCUAUGCAUUUAGACUUCUUGAGUCCAACGGAAGAUAAUGUUCAAUUUACUAUAUCGUCUAGUGAUUCCAUGGAUGAUGUAUCUUUGUCAAGCAAUGGUUUACCCGACACCAAUUUCUAUUCUGCCUCAGAAAGUUCUCCUCAACGAGCUAAUCUUUCUCUUAAUUUAAACCCUAAUAAAUAUAAAAAAGUAUUACUCAGUCCAAGAGGUAGUGAUCAUUCUCUCUGUCCUCUAUGUGAUUAUUCUAAUAAAUGUCCUACUAAACUCCAAGAACAUGUAAAUAGACAACACUUUGAUUUAACAAGUCCCUCUUUCCCCGAAUUUUCUAAUAAUGAUAGUGGAAGUAAUAGUCCUUUUCUAUGUCCAUUAUGUGACAGGAAUUUCGACUCCAGCAGAGAUGUCGAAUUGCAUGUUAAUGUUGAUCAUAAUGAUAUCUUGAGCCCUAUUAAAUCAACUCAAGCUACACCUGGUGAUGAAAAUUGCAAUGAUUGUUGCCCUGUAUGUGGUAGUUCUAAUUUUAUGUGUAGUUUAGAAUUGGCAUCCCACAUUGAAGAACAUUUUAGCCCGAAAUCGCCAAAUGGACUACUUUGUUCUCCCAGUGCUCCAUAUGGUUUAACACCCUUAAGUACUGAUGCUUCUCUUUUUAAAAAUGGACGCAGUAAUUCUCAAGUUGAAAAAGGAAAAUCAACUAAAAAAGAAGCAGGUAGUGCUGAUCAUCUCUUUGCUUUGGAGAUCGAACGUAAAGAGAGGGAAGAACAGCGAGUGAGAGAACAGAGAGAGUUUCGAAUGCUACAAGCCCAAUACGGGAUGGACAAUCAAGGGAAUUUCAGGGAACAGUCUAUUACCAACAUGCAAAAAGCUGUCUAUGCUGGUGAAAUGAGUGUUGCUGAUUAUUAUAAUAGACAAGUAGAACUUUGCAUUGCUGAAAGGGAUGGUGUAGAUGAUGGACACUCCUGCACUAAAGGUCUUAUUCCUAAGAUAAGAGCUUUCAGUAUGGCUUCUUCAAAUGUUGAACAUUUAUGGUUAUGUACCGCUGUUGAUCAUUAUGGAUCUACCUAUGGUGACAAAGGCUGGGGAUGUGGUUAUCGAAAUAUUCAAAUGAUGCUUUCAUCUUUAAUUAAUAGCACUAAAUAUAGUACUAGACUUUUUAAUGGUAGAUUUGCUAUGCCUUCAAUAUCAAAGCUUCAGGAGCUUAUUGAAGGAGCGUGGAGGCAGGGAUUUGAUCCUCCUGGCUGCGAGCAACUUGGUGGCCGUUUGAUAAAUACUAGAAAAUGGAUUGGGGCUACCGAAGUUGUCACUUUUCUUGCAUCUUUCCGAAUUAGAGGUCGCCUUAUCGACUGUCAUGAACCCACAGGACCAAAUGGUACUCAUCCUGAGCUGUUUUCUUGGGUUAAAGGAUAUUUUAUGAAAGAAGAAGAGUUUAAACCACCUGUAUAUUUACAACAUCAUGGUCAUAGUAGAACAAUCAUUGGAAUAGAAGAACUUCAAGAUGGUAGUUUACAAUUACUUGUUUUAGAUCCUAGUCAUAGUAAAUCCCAAAUGGAACAGUUCAAUAGUACAUCUUCAGUUUCAAAUGCCAUAAGACUUAUAAAACGGCCUAUAUCAGCACUUAAAGCUCGUCAAUAUCAACUAGUCUAUGUUGAUGGGGUUUUAGAAACAGAAGAAGAAUAUCAGAGCAUGAAAAUACUGCAUUCGCAGAGAAUACCUCCAUCCAGUUAAAAUGAAACAUUCUGUAGGAUGCAAUUAUUUCUGUGGAUUAUGUAAAGUGGCAAUAAUUUGUGUCUGUGUUCAUGUCAGAAUUGUAUAGAGAUAAAUUAUGGCUGAAGUCUUCGACAGCAUUGAUUGAAAAUUAUUCCUAUGCAAAUCAAAAUGAUGAACUAAGAUUAUUUAUUCGCAGUGAAAUUAAUUUAUUAAAAACUUAUAAAAUGCAAAUGCUUUUAUUGUUGUAAUCAUUGUAUAUAGUAAUUAUUUUCAAAGCUUACAAAUCAGCCUAUUAACAUCUAUGUAUAGAUAAUAUAAAAUUUAGAUAAGUAGGUUUUUAGCUUAUCUCUAACUCAGUUUAAACUUCAUAUUUUACAAAGUUGCUUCUUGUAAACUUACUCAUUUUUAUUUAUUUUUUGCAGUUAAAAAUAUUUUAGUGUUCACACUAAAGAUUUGAAUUUAUACCUGUUAUUAUGUUUCUUAUAUUACCAUUAGUGCCUGUCAUAUUCAUAGUGGAAUAUACCUGUUUUUGGUUUAUAGAAAAUUAUUUUAACGCUGAGAGUUUUUUAUUUUUUUUUAGCUAAUAGUGUCAUUUCUGUGAUAUCUUGUAGUAGAAAUUUUAAUUUAUUUAUGUUUGCGUAGUUAAUUACAUAACUUUUUUUUUUAUUAAUUUAUACAAUUAUUGUUUUUAUUGGUAAAGUUAAGCAUGUGAAUAAUCAAUUAGUAUUNUUUUUUUUUUUUUUUUUUUUUUUUUUUUUUUUUUUUUUUUUUGCUAUUCAAUAUUUUUUUCCCUUUUAUACUGGGACCAAUGUCAUCAUAAAUGCAGGAUAUAGUUACGAUUAUGAGAAUUCUGUUUAUCAUAAUAGAAAAUAAAAUAUUUUACAAAUGUUCUGCAUUAAACAUUACUUUUUUUUUCUAUCAUUUCCUUUUCAACCAUGUUUAGAACUGAUUAUUUUUACUGAGAUUAUGCUGUACAAUUCUUUAUGCUACGCUGCUGCUUGAUUUAGCAAAGGCUGUAUUAGAUCAAUUAAGAAAGCUGUGUAAUUUAGUGUAACUUUAAUUUCUGACAUUUUCAGCAAAAUAACUACAUCAAAAAGUUUUUUGAAAUGCAUUGAUUCUACAUGUAGAAUAUUUAAUACAAGCUGAGACAAGAUUUAACUCAUUGAUAUACUGCCAAAUCAAAAUGUCUUCAGCUGAAUUAAUUUUAAUCUUAAUUUUUAAGCAUCAAAAAUUUUAGACAGAUUUUAUUAUAAACUUUUUUAAGCAACAAAUGUAAUGAGUUAACUUUUUGGUUUUUUUGGAAAAGUUUGUAGGAUAUUUUAACACAUUUUCAAAAUGUAUAUCAUGCUUAUAGGCAAAACCAUAAUUGUUCCUGACUGUUCCUUCAACAAAAUAUUUGAAGCAUGAAAUUGUUAUUAUUUUUUAUGUUAAAAAAAUGUACUGAAUAAAAAAUAAAAAUGCUUUUGCUUUGAUAUUGAAACUUUUAAUCAAUUGAAAGAGUAAAAAAUAUUCCUUUUUUUAAUAUUUGCAGCCUGAAUUAAUCAAGUGAUUUUGUUCAAAUACGUUUAUGAAUUUAGAUGCCUAUGUCACAAAAUGAGUUCCCAAAGUAAAUUAAAGAUCCUACCUAAUUAUUAAUUAAUUAAAUAAAUAAAACAUCCACCUAUCUCAAAACAAUGUCUUAAUCUCAACUUCAUAUUCCUUGUACGAAUCCAUCCGACAAUAAUUAUAAACAUUGUGGAUUUAAUGUUGCUUUUUAAAAUUGUUUAUAAUUUCAAAAGGGUAUUUAAAUACUCUUAUCUCUCAAAUAUUUUGAAUAAAUUCAUCCAAUAUCAUGUAUUUUACCACCUACAAUAAACUAUCAGUGAUUAGAGGUUUGGAUUAUUGGGAGAUAUAUAUAUAUACACACAUUUUAAAGAAAGAAACAGAAUUUUUACUGAUUCGGAAAUUAGGUAUUUCAAGGCAAUAUAUUGAAUGUUUACAAGUGGCGCUGUAUAUAAAAAAUGAGGAAAUUUUUAAUCUUUAUUAACAGUUUGAUGCCGCUUUUUAAUUGUAUUACCCCUUUUUUUCGUUUGUCAAUUACAAAUUAUAAGCACGAAAUACUGUAUUUUUUAAUUUAUCUUUUGAAGUUAUGCACAUCAGGCUCUUGGUACCUCUUAUUAGUUCUGUCUAGAUUAGGCCAGGUAAAAGAAUUUCUACUGUAUGAUAUAUAUGAAAAUGGUUUUAAGAGUUUUUAAACUGGGUUUGAGAUCUAUUAUAAUUUUAUUCAAUAUUUCUAUUUUACUUUUUUAAUACUUUUUGUCAAUUUUUUUUUUUUAAAUUUAACAAAUUAGAUAUUUGAAUUAAAAUGUUAAGAAAGUAAAGCAAUUUUUUUUUUUUUUAGAUCUGCGACUUGCUUUAAGUUUCUCAAUCCAAAGGUUUAAGUUUUGACUAUUACAUCAACUUUUUAAGCUCCCUCUACUUAUUUCAGGCAUAACUGAAUCAAUCUCAGGAGUAAGUAAACUAGUCUAGACAAAAACUCUAUAACAGUUCAAAAAUAGAACUCAUCAGAAAAAGUGUUAAAAAUUAUUCCUCAGAGUAAUUAAGUUUAAAGAUAUGUAAGUUAAUAUCUUAGUUAAAAAUGUUAAAUGGUGUGCAUAUAAUAAGAGAUCGACAAUACUGCUUGCCUUGUGUAAUUGUGAUGAAGGAAUCUGUGAUCAGAGUUAGUUAUGAAUUUUAAAGCUAGUAAUAAGAGUGUUGUUGGUUAUGUAUAAAAUGCGAAUUGAUAUUUCUGAAGAUUUAAAGUUGUUCCACUGAUGUUUUUCUUUAUUCAUUUUAAUCAUAAUAUUGAUUAAACUUUUUAUGUGCCACAUUAUAUGCUUUUGUAUUAGCAAUGAAUCUCAACAUAAUUUUUAUAACUGUUUUUUUGUGUUUAUUAAUUAAGAGAAUUUAAAUUAUUAGGAUUUGAUCUACAAAGAAAAUAAUUAAUAAAAAUUAUAUGUAUGUAUAUAUAUAUACAGUUAACUCUUGAUAAUAUGCGGAAUUGAGUGGCCCACGAACCACAAAUUUUAGGAUAAUCCGCAAAAUGCUUAAAAAGACAUCCAUCAUCAAUUUUUUUUAAUACAAAUGAUAAACUUCAAUAUCUAUUAUUAGCAGUUUUGUUCACAUAAUUUUUAUUCAUUUCUGUAUGUAAAAGCCUGCCCACUUUUUUUUUUGUUUCUUGGUGUUGGAGAGCAGGAAGCUAAAAUAAAAUUGACUUUUAACGCUACAGAGUUCAUACACUAAUGGGGAAAGGGGGGAAUGUGCAAAACAAUGUUUGAAACAUGUAAAUUACUUUUUAUAAAGAGUUACUGCACAUUCAGGAUUUUUAAAAGCUUAUCAGUAACAAAACUAAACAACGGACUACAAUUCUGAAAUCUUGUAUGGCCCAUAAAUUAUUCAAGGCCUUGCUUCAUUCUUUUCCUUUUAGGGGUAUAAGUGUUGUGUGGGAACCAUCCUCAUUUGUUAGUUGUCAUUUUUAUAACUGAUAAGAGUUCCCAGAAUGUGUUACAAGUUUACUAAAUAAAUGAUUGAGGAUAAUUCAUCAUAUGAAGGCAAGAAGGAAAAAACUAAAAUUCUUUUCUUGCUAUCAAUAUCAUUGCUUUGAAACAAUACUUCAUAAAUGCCUAGCCAUUUUCACUCUUUCAAUGCUUCCUUUAUACUUGGGUAUUGCACUUGAAGCUGCAAAGUUUAUAUGUAGACCAAUUAUUUGGUCAGUUGUGAACACUUGGGCUAUGAACAUAAACAUGGUAGUAUAUUGUUUUUAAAACUCUUAAAAUAGUUCCAUCUUUAUUAAUUUAUUUUCCAUUAUAAAUGCUACAUUGUUUAUCAUUGCCAAAAGAAAAGUGAAGUGGAUAAUCCACCUGCAGAUAAUCAGGAGUUUAUUGUACAUAUAAAUAUAUAGCAUAUUUAAUUCUAAAAAGUUAUUCUUCAUACUUUAUAUAAAUCAAGUACAAUUAAAUGUUCAAAAAUAUUUCAGUUGUUUUUAGUGUAAGUGUAUAUUAAGUGACAUUAUCUUAUUUUCCAAAAUAUAACACUAAAGCUAUUAUACUUCUAAUGUACUAGAAAAGAACUUUAAUGGAUUAGGCAUAAGAUCAGACUAGCCUGGCUAGAAAAAGCUGUUUCGUUAAUCAUUUUGAGUUGUUUGCUGCCAUGUGGAUCUAUAUUUAAAGAUACAUUGAUCCACUUUUAAUUUAAAACACAAUAAAAUGAUCAUUCAUAGUUGUAUUAAAAAUUUCAGCAAAAAUCUAUUUCCCUCUUCUUAUGUAAUAAUAAUUUAUCUUUUUAAAUAUGGUAUAUAAAUACUGUUAUAGAAUUUAUUGUUAACAUUAAUAAUCUUCUUAAAACUAAAUAAAUCUAGCACAUUUAGUUGUGCUUAUCUCUGCCAAUAUUGGAUUUGUGAGAAAAAGUGUGAACAGACUCAUUAUGCUAGAAAAUUUUAUUAAUGAAAUAAUUACCUAAAUUUUAACUCUAUAAAUUUUGGCUAUUUAUGUUUUAAAACAUGUAUAGACACUUUUUGGAGAAUACCAUCCUUAAAUAUUUUUUAUGAGUUCCUAUCAAUUCAUAAUGCUAUUCACCAAAAUAUGUAUCUAUAAAAUAUUUCUGAAGCAACUGACCUCAAACACAUUUUUUAUAAUACAAAUGAUUACUUUAAAUUAAAAAAAUUUAAAAAUUUUUUGCGUAAUCACACAUAAAAAAACUACUAAAUAAAGUUGCACUUAAACGUUUUCUUACCAAUGAAAUGAAAUUGAAGUAUUUUUUAAGACUUUUUUGCUCAAAAAAUAUAUUACUUUAACCCACUAUCAAAUUUUAUACCUGCAGAGCAAAUCAUUAUAUCCUCAUUUUAUUAGAAAGGAAUGAUACAUAGAAGCGAAAACUCAAUUUAAACUUGUUUAAAGUUUAGGGGGUUAGUUGUUUAACUAUAAUAAAUACUGAGUAUAUAAUUUAUUUUAAGGUAAGAUUAUAUACUAAUAUUGAUAACAAAAUUAUGGACUUAAUGUGUAUAUUAUUUAACAAUCUGUGAUGUUAAUGUAUGCAUUUUCCUAUUCUUACUGUGCCUUUACAAUAAUUGUUGCCUUCUUGUAAUUUCAUAUUACCAGCAUUUGUUAAAAGAAAUCUAAUUUUGUUUCACUUGCACUAUUUGAUUUUUCAAUGAUUUUCUGAUCUCAGUUUGCUACACAAGCUUAUUCUUAUUUUUGGAGCUAAACUAAUUUUGCAAUCAUAAAAAUAAAACAAAAACUAUGAA